AUGACAAGUAUGAACUCUGCGUUUCUGCCCGUUCUCGCGCCUGGUGAUGCUGAACGUGCUGCUCAGUUGAUUCUGCAGGCGUACGCGCCACAGAACCAUCUCACGUCGGAAGACCAGCGCAGUCUUCAGCAGGAACUGUUUGACAUUCAGAAACGUCCAGAAGCUUGGGGACUGGUUCUCCCCUUCCUAGACCAUACCGACCCUAACGUGCAGUUCUUUGGCGCUCACACCGCCCAGGUCAAGAUUGCAAGAGACUGGGAUAGCAUCGCCCCAGAUGAUGUUCUCCAACUUCGAGACAUGCUCAUAAAUAUUACGGGACGUUCAAUUGCUCUGCGGCGGAACAAAGUCAUCCUCCGUAAACUCUAUGUUGCAAUCACCUCUUUGGCGCUCAAACUGUGUCCUGGGAGCCCCUCACGGUGGCCAGAUUGGCUCAUAUACACUGUUGGCACCCUUUCAUCUCUCGGAGUACCAAGCGAACAUUUGCUGGACUUCUUGGCUAUCGUCUCUGAAGAAAUAGAGACAGCCGAUAUGCUCGGUACCAGUAAGGCCCACAUGCAGAAAACUUUGCAGGACGCAGUACCGAUGGUAACGCAAGCCAUUGCAUCUUGUAUCACGAUUCCCCGGGAGCAGCGCUCUUCCCGAGAUGUUUCUUCGGCAUUGAAAUGCCUGCAAGCUUGGUGCGGUGUACUCCCAGCAAAUGCUCUCGGUCCGCUGAUUCCGCUCUUGAUCUCUCUCUUGGAUCCAAUAUCCACCGCCCCAAUUGACUUUGAUGAGACUACUUUCAUUUCAUCCUCUGAUACCAUUCAAGAGGUCAUGACACAAUCCGCGUACAGUGCGGCAGGUUCGAGAACUCUGACAGAACCGUUGUUAUUGUGGCUUGAUCGCUACGGUAGCCUGAUAGUCGAAGACACUCUUCAUUCUGGCUUCGCCGAUGAAGUAUCCCAUUCCUUCUGCAAAUUGCUUGCUGCCAUCGGCGAACAUUCGACUAUGUACCUCGCCUCUAAGAUCACCUCUCCUGCACCGCCCGAGCCGACGCCCUCGUCUUUGCCUCUCCCCUCCCCUCUCCCCACCAGGUCGCACCUUGUACAGAAAUAUCUAAAGCUGAUGCUCGACUACACUGCGCUGCCCGGGUAUUACGGUGCAGAUGAGGAGGAGAGCGAGUUGACUUUGGGAUUCUGGUACUUGUUUCAGGAAGCUCUAUGGAGCGUCGAGUACGACACUGAGUAUGGCCAGGACGACCCGAAUGCUGUCCCUGAACAUAAACAGGAGGAGGGCCAGUGGACUAUCGCGAAAGUAGUGUAUUUCGAGCUUGUGAAAGUGCUAAGAAGGAAGGCAGCGUGGCCCGAGGCAUCUGUAUUGAGUAGAUGGGCGAGAGAUCAAAGAGACAAGUUCCAAGCCUAUCGGCGGGAUGUCGCUGACGCACUAGUCAAUGCAUAUUACGUCUUGCGCAACGAUAUGCUAGCAUACUAUGCUGACACAGUGAUUCAGCUGCUCUCGACGAGACAAGCAUCGCAGGGCUGGGAAGAGAUUGAAGGCAUAUUGCAUUGCAUAAUGGCGGUUCAGGAAGCAGUACCACUAGAAGACAAUGCUCAACUUAGAAAAGUUUUUGGCCCUCAGAUACUGGGCCGCCUCCCGUCAACUGGUAGCUCGCGUGUAAGGCGCACGGCCCUUUUACUCAUUGGCUCUUACAAUUCGUGGUUUACCACCCAGCCUGCUCAAUCGCCCGACUCGCCCACAUCAUCGCUUCUCAUGAACGCGAUAUCAUACGUCGUUUCAGCUCUGGACCAGCCGGCCCUUUGCCUUCCCGCUGCUAAUGCUCUGCGUGAUCUGUGCGAUGCUAAUCGGUCUGCUCUUGCACCCCAUAUCGGUGCCUUUGGACAGUUGCAUGCCAAUCUCAUUGGUGUUCCUGACACCGAGAAGAGCAAAGUGUUGCAAUCCAUCGCAAGCGUCAUUCAAGGCCUACCGCCUAUGGAAGAGAUUACUCCGGUCGAGGCCAUUAUAAAUCCAGUCGUUGCUAAGUUGUUUGAAGCACUUCAGUCUUCCACACAGUUGCCAGAGGAAGCGAGAGUGGUAGCCAUACAGCAACUUCAAACGAUCGCCGGGGCUGCGAGAGGUCUCACGCGCACAACAGACUCCUUGCUAAUUUUCGAUGAGUCACCCGCCGUCCAAGCGGAAGCGAAUCAAAUGCAGCAGGCGAGGAACGAUCCAAGGAUGGUUGAGCUGCGAGACGCGAUCCUCCGUGCGUUCAGGAUCACUGUGGAGCUGUGGUCCACUGACGCAAGUGUCAGCGAUGCCUUGAGUGAUGUGUUCAGGGCGAUAACUUCCCUUCCGUUCGACGUUACUCUCCUUACUCUUCAGCCAGGACCCCUUCUGGAGUUGGUUUGUAUGGCCGCCCAGACACAGCUGACGUCUGUGUGGUUAUCUCUCGCCACCAUGCUCAUUAUCCAGUUAGAUCCUCCCAUGCUUAUUCCUACAACGUUUAAGUCCAUUCCGGCAGCUGCGGCGGAAGGCAUUGUACUGAACGUACUAGGUAUACUGUCGCAAACCGUGUUGACUUACUUGAGCCGGCCUGGGGCGAUGGAAGCUAAUCCCGAUAUCAUUCAAGAUUUCUUCACAUGCACUGACAUGAUUGCGCAACACUUCGUUGCCACUUUCUACCGUUUACCACCCGACCUCUUCAAUGCACUCAUCCAAUGUGCAAUCACGUCUUUGGGACUGCAAGAACGAUAUUCACUUGUCUCUGCAUGCACGUUCUUGGGCGCACUGAUAAACCGUACAGCGGCCGUAGAUGAACUCGGCGGUGCAAAGAUGAUGCUCGGUCAAACGCACGGGAAGUCUAUCAUGGCAGCCCUACUGCACGGAUUUGCUGGGGAUGCGCCACGCUCGGCGUCACAAAAUCUCAUAGAAUUGUUGUCAGCAUUAGUGAUCAGAUACCCCGCGGACAGCAAGGGGUGGAUGACAGAGACAUUAUAUGCAAACGAUUUCAUACAGUCCAAAGCAACGAACGAAGCCAAGGACAAGUUUGUGAAGGCUGUAUUUGGGUCACGUUCUCUCAAGCGGACACGGGAGGCCGCACAACAGUUCACACUCGUCGCCAGAGGGUUGGAAGGAUCAAGCUUUGGGUAUACUUCCGUCACUAUGUGA